AUGGCAUCCCCGGAGCCAUCCCAAGUGGACCACCUUCCACCACCGCACGUCUCUUCCGAUGAGAAAUCACCCGCCGUCCAAACCAGCGGCGGCGAUGGAGCGCUCGAGUUGUUGGCAGCAGGUGGCCGUGGCAACAGCCUAGAUCCUGAAGCAUCGGGGCGCCUGGUGCGCAAGAUCGACCUGUACGUCAUGCCGUUGAUCUGCGUCGUGUAUUUCCUCCAGUACCUGGACAAGAUCGCGAUCAGCUACGCCAGUGUGACGGGAAUGCGCGAGUCCACAAAUCUCCACGGCAAUCAAUUCAACUGGGUGUCCAGCAUGUUCUUCUUUGGCCAGCUGGCGCUCUCAUUCCCGACUAUGCGCCUCAUCCAGGCCUUCCCCCUGGCGCGCUACGUCGCCGUCAACGUGACCCUCUGGGGAAUAAUCUUGGCUUGCAUGGCGGCCUGUCAAUCGUUUGCGUCGCUGAUGGUCUGUCGCACGCUUCUGGGCGCCAUGGAGGCGGCCGUGGUGCCCGCCUGGGUGGUCUUCACCUCGCAGUGGUACCGCAAGGAAGAGCAGGCUUUCCGCGUUGGUGUCUGGUUUUCCAUGUGCGGGUGGGCCCAGAUGCUCGGAGGCUACAUUGCCUAUGGGGUGGCCGUCCACAUCGGGGGCGACCCCAACGCCUCCCUACGGGGUUGGCAAGUCAUCUUCCUGAUCCUCGGUCUGUUCACCGUCGUGACCGGCGUUCUCUUCUUCUUCAUUCUGCCCGAUUCGCCAGUCACGGCCCGAUUCCUCUCCGCCGAAGAGAAGGCCCUACAUGCCGAGCGGCUUCGAGCGAACGAGCAGGGCAUCGGAAGCACCGUGUUCAAACCGGCACAGGUCUACGAGGCUCUGGUUGAUCCUCACACCUGGCUGUACGCCUUCUGGGUGUUCGCGGCCAAUAUACCAAACUCAACCGCCACCAGUUUCGGGAAUAUCUUGGUGAGCGGCAUGGGCUACACGCAGCGGCAGAGUCUGCUCCUCGUGACGCCGCUCGGAGCGUACGAAGUGGUCCUGCUGGUGGGACUCACCUACCUUAGUAUGAAAACGGACCAACGACUGUUCUGGUGUAUUGUCGGCCACAUUCCGGCGAUUGUGGGGGCAAUCCUCAUGGCGACGACGGACAAGGCAGGAGCCCUGGUGGGCUUCUACUUGACCGGGGGAAUCCCCAUCGGCUGGACGACGAUCCUGGGACUCACCAGCACCAACGUGGCCGGGUCAACCAAGAAGAUCACCGUGUCGUGCAUCCAAACGAUCGCCUAUACGGUCGGAAACAUCAUCUCCCCACAGACCUUCCAAUCCAGUGACGGCCCCAAGUACCUUCCGGCCAAAAUUUCGAUUGUGGUCCUGUACUUCCUUGUCACACUUGAUCUCCUGUUGAUCCGCUGGGUGUCGAUCCGGGAGAACCGCCGACGCGAUCGCGAGAAGGAGGCAUUGGGUGACGCGUAUGUCGUACCACAGAACCACGAGUUCUUGGACCUGACGGACCGGGAGAAUCCCGAGUUUCGCUAUGCAAUUUGA